GUUCAAGUUCGACUACACCAACGAGCGGGCGCUGCGGCGGACGCUGCAGGAGGAGCUGGUGAAGGACAUCCUCUCCAACGCCCACAUCCAGAACGAGCUGGAGCGUGAAUUCGAGAAGAUGCGGGAGGACCGGGAAGUCCUGCGGGUCAUCUUCCCCACCGGCGACAGCAAGGUCGUGCUCCCCUGUAACCUGCUGCGGAUGAUCUGGAACGCCCAGAAGAUUUUCCACAUCAAUUCACGCCUCCCCUCCGACCUGCACCCCGUCAAGGUGGUGGAGGGGGUGAAGGAGCUGAGCCGGAAGCUGGUGAUCGUCAACGGGGACGACCCGCUGAGCCGGCAGGCGCAGGAGAACGCCACGCUGCUCUUCAACAUCCACCUCCGCUCCACCCUCUGCAGCCGCCGCAUGGUGGAAGAGUUCCGCCUCAGCGGGGAGGCCUUCGACUGGUUGCUGGGGGAGAUCGAGUCCAAGUUCAACCAGGCCAUCGCACACCCCGGGGAGAUGGUGGGUGCGCUGGCAGCCCAGUCGCUGGGAGAACCAGCCACCCAGAUGACCCUCAACACCUUCCACUACGCCGGUGUCUCGGCCAAGAACGUCACCCUGGGCGUCCCCCGCCUGAAGGAGCUGAUCAACAUCUCCAAAAAACCCAAGACGCCCUCGCUCACCGUCUUCCUGCUGGGCCAGAGCGCCCGCGAUGCCGAGCGGGCCAAG